AUGUGGUAUCUGAAGGACUACGACCCCAUUCAAGCUGGCUCCAUUGAUGGCACGGAUACUGAACCACAUGAUGCUGCAAUUGAUCGAGCUACUCAAUCCCAAUACCGCCCACCACAUCACUUGAAAACUGAUCCAAACUGCACUGUAUUCGUGGGUAGAUUAAGCUUUGAUACAGUGGAAUCAGGAUUGAAAGUGCAUUUCGAAAAGUAUGGAGAGAUGUCAAGCGUUUCUGUUGUAAGAAAUCAAGUUACGGGACUAUCACAAGGCUACGGAUUUGUUUCAUUCAAACUGGAAAAAGAUGCGAGAAGGGCCUACAAGGAAGCCAACAGAUCAGUUUUAGAUGACCAUGUGAUAUUGGUUGAUUUUGAAAGAAGUCGAGUAAUGAAAGAUUGGAUACCAAGAAGAUUGGGCGGCGGCUUUGGUGGCAAGAAGGAUAGCGGUCAACUAAGAUUUGGGGCAAGGGAUAGACCAUUCAAAGCACCAGCUUCCAGCCAUGUACGGAUACCUUGCGAGCAAAAGUUUUCGGAUACAUGGAGACAUCAUCAUAGCCAGAAGAAACCUAGCCGAUCAAAGUCUCCGUCUAGAUUUCACCAUCGUUCCGAGUCCAAUAAAAGGCGUAGAUCAAGAUCACCUUCAGAAGGAAGGUCUCGGCAUUCAAGCAGAAGACCACCCUCAAAUGACAGGCACCAAUACUCACAUAAAUACAGCUCUUCCUCAAACAGAUACUCUAGUCAUGAUCGUCAUAAAAGACGUAGCCAUGAGUAUCUCGGAGGAAAGUCGAGCGGUAGCAGAUAG